CGCCCUUUCAGAGUGUAUUACAGUUAGCUAUACAUUUCAUUUCUAAUGGCGAACAGCUAACGUUAGCUAGCAAAAUUGGUGUGGUCGUAGCAGCGAACGAGCGAAGUUAGCUACCUAGCUGACUUACAGUAGCUAUGUACCUAACGUUAAACAGUUUAACUGUAGCUUGUAUGGUCAGCUAACUAACGUUUAGAAAUAUUCAAAAAUCUGUCAAUCAACAGACACAUUGUUGACUGAAACACAUAGGUCUCUAAACCAAACUAAUAGGAUUGAUUUGCUAAGGCUAGAUAUUGCCGUUACCUAUUAUUUUAGACAUAUCGAAUGUAUCUGACAGACACACCCAGUAUGAGCAAUGGUAGCUGCGAUGCCCGGUAGCCGGUAUACUUAGCUAACGUUAGUUUAGCUAGCUGACCAGAGGGUAUUGACAGCGAAGCUAACUUGGCUAGCUGUGUUCUUCUUUGCACAGCGGCAGCUCCUGCGACUUGCACCGAUUGAUUUAUUUUCUCCAAGUCCAUGAUGUCACCCUUGCUGUGGCAUUCUUGAUGUCAUGGUUGCUAGAUUUCACGAUAUAUGGCUAACUAACUAGCUAGCUCAACAUGGUGGCAACUUGCUAACGUUAAUAAUAUUUGGUAUUUAGGCAAGUAUUUACUUAUUAACUAUUAGCUAACUUGCGCUGUUAUUUUAUUGAAAAUCGUUAGCUAAGGGUAUACGUUUUACUUUCCACUAUCCAUUCAAAAUGUCGAGACAAAUUGAGCGAAAAUAAUACAAUAAUAUUAAAUAUAUAGAGCUUGAACUUUCUGUCAGUGUCUAAAAUUAGAUAUCCCCAGUAAAGCUACAUAUCGCUGUUAUGUGGAACGAUGCGUUAUUUUCUAACGAUGCAUAUGCCUUGUAUCAAUAGCUAAAUCAGAAAUCUGUUCAUUGCAUUAAAUACUUUCUGAGAAAGUCCUGGUGUAGGAACUAAUUGACAUUUGUACAUAAGCUUAGCUAGCAUUAGGAAUGCUAAGCAUUUGUAUCUUAGCUAGCAUUGGUUCAUAUAGCGUUAGCGUUAGCUACAGCAUUUUAUGAGCAUUUUUAACAUGGGUAAUUGUACGAAUACGGAAUACCACAUGAAUUUAUAUUGUAGAUGAAUGAAGUUAGCCAGAUGUUUAAAAUGUUAACAGUAUUGAAGGACCCGAACGUAACAAGGACGAACAAUGAACCGAGUAGUACGAAGCACAUCGAAAUAUUAUGUUGAGUUCUAAGAAGCAGAUGUUUAUAAUCUGUUUGCAGAAAUCUGUUUGAACACAUGGGACUUUUUGUGAACACCUGCAUUUGUUCGCAGGGGAGAUAAGCGAAUACGUGUUCAAUUGAUAAUUUACCUACUGUAUCCUAAUGUUGGUAUGGAAAACAAAUGGUCGCCAACCUGUUACAUGUAAUGAAGUGUGAUCUUAACUAAUGUCCAAAGUAGGAUUUAGGUGGAUGAUUUGGCAGAUUAGUUAUCAUACAUUGGUACACUACGUUGUUACAAAAGCCACGCUGCUUUUCUUUUUUGUUUUGUUCUGUUCUUGGUAAAGUAAAGGCCACAGCUGCUGAUGGACUUGAAGAGUAGGUAAUUGCAUGGUUUUUGAGUACAGGAUUGCAGCAUGGAUUAUGGAGAAACCUUAUACAAAAACUCUGUGGCCUCCCUUGUUUGGGUCACAUGCAAACCCGUUUCUGCACUGAAGUUAAAAUGAUGCAUGUCAGCAUAAAUACACUGCAAACUCUUGGAACAUUUUUCUCUUAAUGAGGUUGUCUUCAGUGGGUUAUGCAUACACGGGCACGUAGCUUGUUUUCAGCUGUGGUAUUUAAGGAAACAAAAUGUCGCAGCAGAUUGCAUCUGAAAAAACAGCAAGGACUUGUUUGCACAGCCAAGCCUAUUUCCUGCUCAAGCCUUGAAGCACAGGCAACACUGCCUCUGAAGAUGGUCCUAGCCAGGGUCCAUCAAAGGAGCUGCCAUUUUUUAUUAAGUCUGCUAAACUGACAACCCUUAUUUAUAUGCAAUGUUGAAAUGUCUGCAUUGCCUUAAGGUGCUUGUGGCUCCGGCUUGUCUCCUGAUUGGAAGUCACUGCUGCGUUGCUGAACCAGUCAGGCUUUUAGAUUUUCAGUCUGUGUAGAGAAAGAAAUGGCUCCUUAUUUGGGGACAGAAGUCAAGCAUUUUACCCAUGAAUCCUUACGCUGUCCCCACACUGGGAGGCGUGUCCAUCCCAUUCGACUCCUUCUUAAAAAUGUCAGCAUAUGCUCAAAGUCGGUUAGUCAUUGCAUUUUAUCAUACACAGAUGACACUGCUGACCUGUUACUGAAUUUUAAACAUAAUUUUGUCCAGCACAAGUGCUUCAAAAUUCAGUUUCAAUUGCAGUGACCCAAAAUGGGCUUAAAACUAUUUUCAGGCGCAAAUGAGUCAAACACAAAUAUGCGAAAGGCCCUGAAAAACUCACCCCAUUCAGAAAAAAGUGGUGAGUGAGUGAGUCCACUGUUAUCUAGUUAUUGGAUUAGCCUACAUAUGUGAAGAAUUUGUGCAAUCUUUUUAAAUGCAGCCUUCCAAUGAUAUGAUCUUUUUUUUUUUUUCUGUUUGCAGUACUUGCGCUUCUGGUCUACAGUUAAGGUCCAUCUUAUCAGAUCUGUUGAACUUGAUACAGUGAACUGGUUUUGCAGAGAACAGGAAAAGGGAGGAAGUUAAGCAUGUGACCAUCAAGGUUAAAGGUUGUUUCAGCUUGGGGUGUUAACCAAAGUAGAUUUGUGCAUAAUGUGCUACAAAAAUGGGUCAUGUUCUUGCACGAAACACUGACACAUUUGGAGUAGGCACACCAUUAGCAAGGUGCAAAAUAAGCCUAUGUUCAUAAUGCAAUGAUAUUUUUGUGCAUCCGUCCAUACUGAUCUGCCCUUAGCCUCUCUCAGCUGAGCUGACCAUCGGAAGCUGUGGGCUGAUCUGUGGUAUGGUAAUCACGGCUUCUCAGAAUGAACUCCGUUCAGAUAAUAAGACAUCACUUUUAGUUCCUCACUGCGAGGUGCAGUUUAGACCACAGCACAUGUUCGAAUGACGUGUGAAGCUUUUCACUACAUAAGCUUCACGUUUGCAGAAACUGUGCAUAUCUCUUCUCAUAGUAGAUAAGAAACACAUGCUCGUGUCCUGGAUCCCUUAAGCAAAAGUCCUUUAGAAGGGUGUACUGAGCACCUGACACGGCCGUUGUUGCCGGCUGCUGCAGAGAAGGCGUCCAUGCCAUGGCUUCGGAACUGCUCGUUGAUUUUCAGGAGGACCUCGCGGGAGAGGACACCCCCAAUAAUUCCCUGGACCAGCUGAAGCUGUCCCCCAUGGAGGACAGGAAAUGUCUGGCGGAUGAAAUGGACAGCCUGAGCAAGUCCGACACAGACAUCCCCAGUCAGCUCGGGGAAGGGCCCUACCCAAAACCGCUUGAGACGUAUGAAGAUAUUGCCAGGCACCAAAUCGUCGAGGUGGCAGGUGACGACAACUUCGGCAGGAAGGUGAUCGUGUUUAAUGCCUGUCGCAUGCCCCCGCAGCACGAGCUGAACCACCUCCAUCUUCUCUUGUACCUGAAACAAACCCUGGACCAGUAUGUGGAGAGUGAUUACACCCUGAUCUAUUUCCACCAUGGCCUCACCAGCAGGAACAAGCCCUCCUUCACCUGGCUUAGAGAGGCCUACCGAGAGUUUGACAGAAAGUAUAAGAAGAACAUCAAGGCUCUGUACAUUGUGCACCCCACCAUGUUCAUCAGGACAAUGCUCAUUCUCUUCAAACCACUCAUCAGCUUUAAGUUUGGACAAAAGAUAAAUUACAUCAACUACCUGAGUGAGCUGGAGGACAUUGUGAAGUGUAAACAGCUGGUGAUUCCCACGCGAGUCAGAGACUACGAUGAGAAGAUCAAGGCUUCGCUGAAGCCCUCUCCUGAGGUGCCCGGUGUCCGCCCUCCCAGCCCCCCGCUGCCCCACCAGCAGUUUGGCGUUGCCCUGUCUGUGUUAAAAGCAAGAAGUGCUGACAAUGAUAGUGUUCCCAUGGUGAUGAGAGAGACAAUCAGCUUCCUAAAAGAACACGGUCUGGAAACAGAGGGCAUAUUCCGCAGGUCAGCCAACGUGAACCUUGUCAAGAGUAUUCAGCACAAAUACAACUCAGGGGAGAGGGUGAACUUCUCAGAGCAGGGAGACAUCCACCUCGCUGCCAUAAUUCUGAAGAAGUUUCUGAGGGAGCUUCCAGAGCCGCUCCUCACAUACAGGCUGUAUAACGGCAUCGUCAAUUUCCACAAUGUCGAGAGCAGUUCCCAGGUCAGGGAAAUCCAGGACAUGUUGAAGACACUACCAGAGGAGAACUACAGCUCUCUGAAGUUUCUCAUCCAGUUCCUUGUGCAGGUGUCCGGUCAGUGUGAGGUAAACAAGAUGAACAACAACAACCUAGCGGUAGUGUUCGGCCCCAACCUGCUCUGGGGUCGGGACGCCGCCAUGACCCUGAGCGCCAUCGGGCCCAUCAACAACUACACCAGGACCCUGCUGGACCAGCACGCUGACAUCUUCAGCCCCUGAACACACCCCUGCCCGGACCUUCUGUCCGGCGCCGUCCAAUCAGACCAUUCCCUCUUCGGUUCUUCUGUUUCACAUUCUGCCCCGUUACUUCACACCGGCCCCAUGUAACUAGUUCUAUGAAACACAAAGAGAGCGUUGUAAUCGAAGCUUAGGACACAUAAUGAGACGAGGUGGGGUUGGGUAUCGAAAAAGUAGUUCAAUCAUAAAAGCGGGAAGCCGGCUUCCUGCUUCAAGUACCUGCACUUCUCUGACACCUCUGGCGAAAAGGUACGUGUGAAAACAUUUAGUACUUUUGUCCUUUCGGGACAAUUAAAAUCAAAGGCAGUCAAAUAUGCCUUUUGCCUCCACAAUAAGAAACACGCCACAGGUGCACAAAUGCGCACAAAAACACUUGCUGUAGUUUUUGUAAACAUGGAUAAAAGAAGUUUCGGACUUACUAAUUUACUCAUCUAAACUAGCUUGCUUUGAAAAACAUUUUCUUUUUUUCAGUUUUUAAUUUGUGUCACACAGUACUACACAUCACUGAACUUACGACUAAUAUUGCUUAAUUACAGAUCUUGGUUAUUCUCUCUUCACUGUGAUUUUGAUAUUGAGCUGUGGUGAACAGUCUGAAGAAAUUUAAAAUGCAGUUUUUAUCAGUAUUCUAAAACCACAGGUAUGUUAUCAAUUCUCCUGAACUCUGGUUCUAGCUAAUCUAAAUUUUUGACAUUUUGAAUUAAUUUGAAAAAAGAAAAAACGAUGUCUAAGCAUUUUAAAAAACUGUGGGGAAUGCAUUGUUACGGUGGGCUGUGCACAUAAAGUAAAAGCUAAUUAUGGGAACUCAGACUUUCAUAAGGUUAAGUCAGCUCUGAAUCCUUUAAGUGUGUGUUAUGUUUUUUUUAAGCAUACUGUGUGUACAAGCAUAUAUUUUAUGCAAAAUUGCCCUGUAAUAAUCCCAGUUUGAAAAUCAGUUGAUUAUAAUCCAAACAAAAUUCCUUUAAGGAAAGUCCAGCAUUAACUGAUUUUAUAACUCAAAUUUUUCUAACAUAAAGAGGCGCAACAGCACAAGAAGUGCUUUUUCUCUUUCCGUUUCAUCCCGUCCUUGAUUUGCCUUCUCCACACACAAUGUCGUAAUUGCCCCAAAUCUAAAAUGUAACAAUAGUGAAAUGAAAAAUUAAUUUAAAUGCUCAUCACAAGGUGCAUUACACUAAACAGUUGGAGUCGUGUCAAAUUUAUCAGUGAAUAAAACAGAAACCAUUUAUAUAGAACCUACUAACAAGACCUUUGAAGUACCUAAGCUCUGGAAUUCUUUCCAAAGUGAAUGUGGCAUCUCUCACACAAUGCGUGCUAGCAUAACCUGCUAGCCUAUCGUGUCUUUGAAGUGCCGCAUUCCAAAGGGGAGCUGAAAUCAUCUUCAGAUAUCAGUCCUGUUCCUCUUUCUGAGAACUACAGUUCAGUGUAAUACAUUCCCUGUACUUGACUGUCCCGUAGGUGACCUCCUCUACAACAGAAUAUAUCUUUACCGUGCCCUGUAUAUUGACAAAAUAUUUUUGAGUCCUUGUCUAAUUGUAUACUUGUGAGGUGAGGUUUCGAGUUUGUUUCACCGUUUGUGUGUUAGUUAUACUUCCUACCCAGACCGUUUGUUUUCUUGAGGUCAUCGCCACAGCAUAGUUUGAAAAAGGGGUUCAGAGUGGCCUCUCUAGGUAAACGUGGAGCAGACCCAACCAAAGAAAAAGGGAUGCUCUGAAAAUGGCUGAAAUAUUUUUCUAUAGUAAAUUAACUUAUAGUUAAGACAGCCACAACCCGUUACUGGCCUCUUUACUAAUGGUUUUUUAUAUGCUGUGUUGCUGCACCCUUUUUUUGCCAAAAUAUUGAGGGUGAAUCUGUGCUUUUUAAUCUUGAUUAUUUCAGUAUGACUUUGAUAGUGUCUGUUGAAACUACCAAUAUUUUAGGGUUGAGUGAGUGGGGCUAGUAUAAAUUACAAGGUACAUUGUCUUUUUUCCUGUUGUACUUGAAAGUAUGACACCUGAUUUUGCAUCUUAUAAAGAUAUCCGUUUUUUUAAUGUGGGUAUGGAAAACCUUUCUAGUAAUGUCAUAGCAUUCCAGUAAUUGAAAUUCAGAUGUGGCUUACUAGAAACUGUUUCAAUUCCAAAGUGUCUUGUGUGCCUUAUUUCACUACACAGGCAAGUAGAGUAACAGUCAGUCCUUAUCUCGGUCUGGUACUCAUGAUAAUCAUCAUGCCAUCUCCUUGCUUUUACUUCAGUACUCAUUUUAUAUUUAUCUGUCUUGGUGAGUGGUUAUUGUUUUCCUGGUUUCCAUGAUAAAAAUGAGAUGCUCGUGUAUGCUUUUCUUUUUUAGAGAUGGUGAUUUUUUUUGUUUCAUUCUUGCUGGUUAUUUUACUGAAAACUUAUUUUUCCAAGUCUUAUUUUUUUAUAUUAUUUGUGGUCAAUAAACGUAAUUGAACUGUA